AAAAACUCUUGCCUAUACAUUACCUGCCACUGUGCACGUGAACAACCAAGAUGAUAUCAGCCGUGGCGAUGGGCCAAUUGUUUUAAUAUUGGCGCCAACAAGAGAACUUGCGCAGCAGAUUCAGAAAGUGGCCACAGAUUUUGGUCAGUCCACCCGCAUCAGGAACACCUGCGUAUUUGGAGGUGCCCCGAAAGGGCCCCAGGCCAGAGAUUUGGAGAGAGGCGUGGAAAUUUGCAUCGCUACUCCCGGUAGAUUGAUCGAUUUCCUUGAGAAGGGAACCACUAAUUUGGAACGUUGCACGUACCUUGUUUUGGAUGAAGCUGACAGAAUGCUGGACAUGGGAUUCGAACCCCAGAUCAGGAAGAUUUUAGGACAAGUUAGACCAGACAGGCAAACUCUUAUGUGGUCUGCGACAUGGCCAAAGGAGGUUAAGAAGCUCGCCGCUGACUUUAUGAAAAAUCCAAUUCAGCUCAAUGUUGGUUCAAUGAACCUUUCUGCUAACAAUAACAUCUUGCAGAUUGUUGAUGUUUGCCAGGAACACGAGAAGGAACAAAAAUUGGGCAAUUUGCUACAAGAAAUCGCUGGCGUUUCUGAUCCAGGCCAGAAAAUCAUCAUUUUCGUCGAGACUAAGCGUAAGGAGCGUGAUUACGUUUUGCGCGAGUUUCGUGCUGGAAAGUCGACGAUUCUCGUUGCGACCGACGUCGCCGCUAGAGGGCUCGAUGUCGAAGGGAUCAAAUACGUAGUAAAUUAUGAUUAUCCCAAUUCGUCUGAGGACUACAUCCACAGAAUUGGCAGAACUGGACGUUCUGAUACAACUGGAACAUCAUAUGCUUUCUUCACUCCUUCCAACUUUAAACAAGCAAAGGAUCUCGUCUCAGUCCUGAACGAAAACAAUCAGGUCGUGAACCCGAAACUGGCCGAAAUCGCGAGUAAGUUGGGCUUCAACAGGGGUGGUUCGAGGUUCGGUAACGGCGGCGGAUUCCGCGGUCAGAAACCGUUCAACAAGUUCGGUGGGGGCGGAUUCAAAAGUGGUGGCGGAUUCCAAGCUAACAGCUACCAGCAGCAAGGUGGAUUCAGCUCUGGCUAUUGAAGAUCUGACAUGAUGAUGUGGGUGAGUGUGUGGCGAAUGAAUGUGCGCGUGUUAUAACUUACAGUAUUUCCUUUUUGUAUUUAAAAUGUAUUUGUAAUAAUACAUGAUUGUUUAAGUUGUCGAGACAUCAAUGUACCUAAAUGUACGUUACUUUCAAAUGUAGUAGAAUACAAUGUUUUCAAAUUAAUUUCACAUGCAGUCUCACAUGUAAACUGUGUAAAUACAGAUUUUAUAUCAUUGACCUUGAUAUCAACUUUUUGGAUUCCAUCAAGCAUAGGAAAUUUUGUGUUUACAAAAACAUUUAGAUCUGGAGUUUAAUUUUUUAUAAAGAUGAAUUGAUAUAUAAACUUACUUCAAUCACAUGCUUGUGACCUGUGAUAGAAAAUUGAUUUAUGUUCAAUUUCACGUGAUAUUUAAAUGUUUAUUUUGUUCCUAAGUAUUGGGAAGAUAUGAAAUCUGUUCAUUGACACUGAAUAGUUCAAUACAGUCCUAAUAAAGCAAA